AUGCCCGCACACAUGCGGCCGUCCUGGUGUCCCUCGCCCAGCGAAGUCCGCCAAAAGGCUCGCGAGUACACAACACGCCUCUUCCAAGAUCGCGACACCCUGCAACAAAUCCUAGAACGGCAUGAAACUACGAUCCGCAAGCGCUGGACCAAGAAAACGAAUUCGCAGAAAAAGAAGAUACUCCUGCAGGCAUGGCCCAACAUGUCAACCCAGCAUCGACCCGACGUAGAGGCCUGGCGUCGCCAGUCAACGAACAGAGACGCUUAUUUAUGGCCGUACAUUAACCUGGAGGAUCUCUUCAAGACGAAGUCGCUUCUGCUCCUCCUGCAUUCUCGUGGGAGACACCAGCCCCACGAAUUCGUGCACUCUGAUCUCGAGCAGGCCCGCCUGGGCGAAAUCACGAGAGUCAUUCAACCGGGAUUCCUUAACGGAUUUACGAUGCUUUUCCACGGUCGGACCACGCCCGACACGUACGGGGACCUGGUUGAUUGGGACGACGGGGAGAUGAUUUUCGAAUUCCUCAACAAUGGCCUGGGUAUGCAUCCUGGCCAUGGUCUGGUGGCACUCGAGAUCCAGCAGCGCCUGUCGUCCAUCGUGCCUAACCCUGGGCCGCCGCAUGGCCAGCAGGAGAAUGUUACCUCCCUUGAGAUCAUGGCAGCAGAGGCUCCGUAUCGGGUGCCUGCGCGUCUCGAUAUCAAACGUUUGCUAGCCAUGACAGUGGCUGAGUGUGAUGCGAGAGAAGAGCAUAUAUGGGCUCUGCGCGAGGAUCCAAGCUACUUUGCGGAGGUCAUGGAAGACUGGGCAGCUCAUCGGCCAGAGGUAUUGCUAGAUGCGUAUGGCCGGAAACAUCCGUCGCAGACGAAACCCGGGCGACCGGUCUUCUGGAACAUAGUAGUUGACAAAGUUGUGGUUGAAUCGUACUUGGGAUUCGCCACAUUUGACCACAUCGUCAAGCAGGUCAAAGACUUGGAGAGUCUAUUGUCACGACAUGCAAGCAAGAUCAAGCCGGAAGACGACCUACCCGCCGAUCUCAUGGAAGCAUUCCAGAACUUGAGAUUCACAUUGGAUGCUGCCAAGAAAGGUCUCAUAGAAAUACUCCAACAGGGCCUUUUCUCCUCGCCGCCCAUCCGGCAAUUCUGCCACCGUCAACAGAAUGGCCUACCCGCACCUCCGGAUCACGGCAUUCACCGCAUCAUGCCGUUAUUCCAGAUGCUCUUCGACGACGAGCAACUCUUCCUGUUCGGCCUCCACACAAUCACCGACGAAAUCGGCCAUUCACUUGAGCACGACCGCGCCGUGAAAGCGGCCAUCUCGCCUUGGGUAGCCAGCCAUCUCUCUUCCCUUUCUACCCCCUGGGCGCGCAAAAUCGAAGAUGGCGUCGAUCAAAACGAGGACAAGCUGUUGUCCACUUAUGCGCAAACGUUCGGCAAGACCGUUGAGGCCGCUCGGGCCGCCGAAUCGAAUCUGGAUACGGUAUGGAAGGAGUUGGAUCAGCACUACAGGGCCAGCGGCAGCCGCAAGUCGCCACACGAUUUGCGGACCGCUCCCUGGGUGGAGAAGGAGAAACAGGAUACAGUGUCCGAAGGGAUCUACGAUCGCCACGCUUUCUCUGGAAUCCGUUGGAGUUAUCUAGCAGCUUCCAUCUCAUGUACAAUUAAUAGAGCAAGCAUGUGUAGCAAGCACUUAUUCACUAUAAAAUCGUCAUCCGCACGUGAUGAGGAUAUAGGCGCCUCUAUCAUACCACACGAAACGGUCGACACCAAACCUGUAUUUCGUGUCGACAGGCGAGCUUACAAAGUAUUCAAGUCACUCUUCUAUUCCGCCGAUCACGACCUACCGGGCGAAAUCUCCUGGUUCGAUUUCCUGCACGCAAUGGUCACUGUGGGCUUCUCGGCAGAAAGGUUGCAUGGGUCGGCUUGGAACUUUGCGGUCAAUGGUUCGGAUAUAGGCGUGGAAAGGAGCAUUCAGUUUCACGAACCGCACCCGAGUAGCAAGGUCCCUUUUCACGUGGGGAGGCGUUAUGGGCGGCGUUUGGCGAGGGCUUAUGGGUGGUCGGGAGACGCUUUCCGAUUGGAAUAG